AUGGAUGCAGUUGUGGCCCUGGUGCUCAGCCUCUGCUGUCUCCUUCUCCUCUCACUCUGGAGACAGAGCUCUGAGAGAGCGAAGCUCCCUCCUGGCCCCACUCCUCUCCCAGUUCUUGGCAACUUCCUGCAAAUAGAUGUGAAGAACGUUAGCCAAUGCUUGACCAAUUUCUCCAAAAUCUAUGGCCCUGUGUUCACUCUGUACAUUGGCAUGAAACCCACUGUGGUGUUACAUGGGUAUGAAGCAGUGAAGGAGGCUCUUAUUGAUCAUGGGGAGGAGUUUGCUGGCAGAGGAAGCUUCCCAAUAGCUGAAAGAGUUAGUAAAGGCCUUGGCAUUGUUUUUAGCAAUGGAAACAGAUGGAAAGAGAUAAGGCGCUUCACUCUCACAACCCUGCGUAAUUUGGGCAUGGGCAAAAGGAACCUUGAGGACCGUGUUCAAGAGGAAGCACAGUGCCUUGUGGAGGAACUGAGAAAAACUAAUGGUUCACCCUGUGACCCCACGUUCAUCUUGAGCUGUGCUCCCUGCAAUGUCAUCUGCUCCACUGUUUUCCAGAAUCGUUUUGACUAUAAAGAUCAGAAUUUUCUUAACUUGAUGGAAAAGUUAAAUGACAAUGUCAGGAUUCUGAGCUCCCCCUGGAUACAGGUCUGCAAUAAUUUUCCUUCACUAAUUGACUAUUGUCCAGGAAGUCAUCACACAGCAUUAAAAAAUGCUGAGUAUAUCAGAAAUUACCUUUUGGAAAGAAUAAAAGAGCACCAGGAAUCACUGAAUGUUGCAAACCCUCGGGACUUCAUUGAUUAUUAUCUGAUUAAACUAAAUCAGGCAAACCACAAUCAACAAUCAGAAUUUACACUUGAAAAUCUGGCAGUGACUGUGUUUGACCUGUUUGGUGCUGGGACAGAGACAACAAGCACAACACUGAGAUAUGCUUUACUGCUCCUGCUGAAGCACCCUGAUGUCACAGCUAAAGUCCAGGAAGAGAUUCACCGUGUGGUUGGCAGAAACCGCAGCCCCUGCAUGCAGGACAGGAGCCACAUGCCCUAUACAGAUGCCAUGAUUCAUGAGGUCCAGAGAUUCAUCAGCCUCAUCCCCAUCAACCUGCCCCAUGCAGUAACCUGUGACAUUAAAUUCAGGAACUACAUCAUCCCCAAGGGAACAACGGUAAUAACAUCACUGACAUCAGUGCUGAAUGACAGCAAGGAAUUUCCCAACCCAGAGAUAUUUGACCCUGGCCACUUUCUAGAUAAGAAUGGAAAUUUUAAGAAAAGUGACUACUUCGUGCCAUUUUCAACAGGAAAACGAAUUUGUGCAGGAGAGGGUCUGGCACGAAUGGAGCUGUUUCUGUUUCUCACCACCAUUUUACAGAACUUUAAGCUGAAAUCGCUAGUUAAUACUAAGGAUAUUGAUACCACCCCAGUGUUCAAUGGAUUUGCCUCUGUGCCACCCCAAUACCAGCUCUGCUUUAUUCCUGUCUAAAGAAGAGCAGAUUGCCUAGCCCAAGCCGUAUUGUUUUCUGCAGUUUUCCUCUAGACCUUAUUCACCUCCUUCCCCAUCAGGGACAAAAUGUCCUUCCCUCCUCUCAUGUUUCCCAUUCUGUCACUUCCCAGGAAACCCCUGUUAACCGUUUGGCAACUUGUUGAAUCACAGUAGAAAUAUAUUGCUAUAUUCUAUUCUCUGCAACUGUGUUAUUAUUCCUUUUGCUAACGUGUAUCUGGUCUUUAAUUAAAAUAAAA